AUGAAUAUAUAUCAUCAACAACAAUCAACAUUUUUAUAUGAUCCUGAAGUUGAUCUUCGUGAAGAACAUAUUUCACUUAUAUCAAAACGGCUAUUAACAACAUUACGUGAAAGUAAAAUUAAACAUUUAUCAUGUGAUAAUCUUUUUCUUCCAUGUAAUCAUAUACGAAAUAUUGCUAAACAAUGUUUAAUCAUGUCAGCUGAAGAACCAUUUGGUAUUAUGGGUGCACAAAUUAAAAUCAAACUAACAUUAUUAUCAUCAAAUAUGACAUCAACAAUAACAAAAUAUCUUCCAUUGAUACGAAUAAAUCCAAAACAAAAAACAAUAUUUGAAAUCGAAAUUGAUCUUCAUGAAGAUACAAAAGUUUUUACAUUAAGACGUUUUUUACCUGAAAUGAAAAUAUUUAAACAAUUAAAAGAAAAAAGUCCAUUAUAUGUAAGUCCCCGGUGUUUACUUGUAAA